AAGAGCGUGGUGAUCAGGAAUUGAAAUUGAGGGAAUUUUAAUGCAGAUUUUGAUAUAAGCUUGGAACUUUUAUUUUUCAUAUGUAGAACAAAAUUAUUUAAUCUACCAUAAUAUCCUAUAGUGCCUUAAAUUUUUGAGAUAUUAUUGUACAAAAACAAAUCUAAAACAUAGUGAACAUCACUUAAAUUAAAUUUUAAACUUAUCAGACUAUUAUUUAGUUAUCUUGUGUGUCAAUGUCCCCGGGCACAGAAAACGGUUUGAAGCCAAUUGCACCCUUUGCGUCUCAAAAAAGACGCUGGGAUGUCAAAGUGUCAAAGUUUGCCACCAACACUGUCAAUCCAAUUCGUGAGAUAGUGGAUAAUUUGAAAUUGGAACCAAAUCCUGAUAAACAGAUGAUAGCACUUUCUAUUGGUGACCCAACUGUUUUUGGUAACUUGAAACCUCAUUCAACAAUCCCAAAAGCCUUGUGCAAGGCCUUAGAAUCCGGAAAAAACAACGGUUACGGUCCAGCCGUUGGUUUUCCAGCCGCCCGAGAGGCCGUCGCAAAAUAUAGCCGACAUCAAGGCCCAGUCACAGCUCAGGAUGUCAUCCUUUGCAGCGGUUGUUCCUGUGCACUGGACAUGUGCAUAUCAGUGCUGGCCAAUCCAGGAGAGAAUAUACUGAUGCCCAGGCCUGGUUUCUCGAUUUAUAGAACUUUGGCCGAGGGGAUGGGCAUACAAGUUAAAUAUUACAAUCUGCUGCCCGAACGUGAAUGGGAAGUAGAUCUCCAACACAUGAGGUCCCAAAUUGACGACAAAACUCGUGCCAUGAUCGUCAAUAACCCAUCUAAUCCUUGUGGAUCAGUCUACACAGCUGAUCAUCUGCGAGAUAUCCUCGAUAUUGCUUCCGAAUUUAGAGUUCCAAUUAUUGCUGAUGAAAUUUACGAACAUUUCGUAUUUCCUGGCAAUGAAUUUCACUCCAUGGCUAGCUUGAGUGAUGAUGUACCCAUACUUUCUUGUGGCGGUCUCACAAAAAGGUUUUUGAUUCCUGGUUGGAGAAUGGGUUGGAUUAUAAUAAAUGAUAGAAAUGAUGUUUUCAAGGGGGUACGCAAAGGCCUCCAAAGUUUAAGCACACGUAUAAUUGGCAGCAAUACCUUGGUACAAGGCGCUUUGCCAGAGAUAUUGGCAGAUACUCCACAAGAAUAUUACGAUGAUCUUGUUCUUACACUCGCGAGGCAUGCCAAAUUAGCAUACGAAAUGCUAAAAGAUUUACCAGGUUUGACCCCAGUAAUGCCUCAGGGUGCUAUGUACAUGAUGAUCGGCCUUGACAUGGAGAAUUUUCCGGAAUACAAAACCGAGAUGGAUCUUGUACAGGAAUUGGUCAAGGAACAGAGCGUUUUUUGUCUUCCAGGACAGGUUUUUGAGUAUCCUAAUUACAUGAGGAUGGUGCUAACCGUACCUGAAGAAAUGAUAGAGGAAGCUUGCAAGAGGAUUGCUGAAUUUUGUGAACAGCAUUAUAAAAUGAACAAUAAUAUUAAAAAAAUUAAUUCAGUUCGUGUUGGGUGUUCGUAG